CCAUCCUCAUUUACUGUAACAUCAGAGGCUGUUGUGAGAGACAAAGAAGAAGGCAGAUCCUCUGACUAAAAUUAGUCUUUUUUGAUUCCCCCCCUGUGCGAUUUUGAACUUCUGCAACUGAUAUUUUUAUGGACCGAGAGCAGAUACCUUUUGCUACUGCUACUUCACUUGACAAAUAUUCAGAUAUAUAACGGACUGCAACAUAUCAACUUAUUAAAUGCUCAAUAAGUUAACAACAUAAUAAGUACAGUGCUUCUGCCGAAAAAAUUCAUCUGACUUCAGUACAGGCAAGCAAUGAGGCCCAUGACUGCUACCCUCUGGGCAGCUAUAAUGUUUGUGGGACUCAAACUGAUUACAGCAUCACCUAACAUCAGCAUCGUAGACCGCUCAUCUCAAAACCUCUCAUCUGUCCCAAGAGACCUGCCACAGACGGUUGAGUUUUUAGACCUUUCAUGCAACCACAUAAAGCAACUACACAGAGAGGACUUUAAAAACACUCCUCUCCUGACAUUCCUGAAUGUGUCAUGGAACAGUCUGGAAGGAAUCGAUCCAGAGACGUUCCUUGACACGCCGCUCCUGGAGAAUCUGGACCUGUCGCACAACAGACUGAGGAACCUGUCGGGUCAGCAGUACCUGCUACACACAGGGAACCUUCUGAUGCUAAAUCUGGCCUGGAACCCAUUUCUCACCAUGACGCUGGGGAGUGCGUUCAGUUCCCUGGUAAAACUGGAGAGAUUAGCACUUGGAGCAAAAAAUAUCAGUAUGGGUGAUUUUAAGAAUAUUGCUGGAGUGAAACUACGCACAUUGACCCUUUGCGUGGGGCCUGAACUGGGCUAUGAGGCAGGCAGCCUGAUGGAUGUUCACACUCAAAGGCUUCAGGUAGCCUUCAGUAGAAAUCCAAUGAUAAACCGCUAUCUGGUUGGUGAUGCUCUGUCACUCUUUGUUGAAGUGGAAUUCAUGAUAAUGACAGGUGGCUACAGGGAACUAAGUGAGCAGCUGAGCGAGAGAAUGGAGAUCCGCACUUCUCAUCUCUACCUUACCAACAUAUCAAUCCGAUGGCCAGACUUAACUCACUUUGUAAAUGUGGCUCUGCUUACAUCUAUUACCCAUCUGAGCGCCUCCGAUGUGGUCAUAUCCAAUUUGCCUCGUAAAGACACUAAUGUGCCCAAGACAUCUAAAAUGAAGUCCUUUUCAGCCAGCAGGGCAGUGGUGAAUUCUUUCUUCUUUUCACAGGAGUGUGUAUACAACUACUUCAUCAGUUUGCCAGUGGAGAGCAUGGCAAUCACUGAAACUUCAAUUGUACACAUGACAUGCCCAAAGUCACCAAGUCAAAUCCUUCAGCUGGAUUUUUCCAAUUGUGCUCUAUCUGACACCAUCUUCUCCAGAGUGGAGGGUGCCAAAACCCUUGAAUGUGAGAAUCUGGGCAAUGUGAAAAAAUUGAUUCUGGUCGGCAACAAUCUCAAAAGUCUUAAGUUGCUGAGCCAACGUGUGCAAUACAUGAAGUCCCUGCAAGAACUGGACCUCAGCCUCAACACCCUGGUUUAUGACGGUCUGGAGGAGUGUGUCUGGCCACCAAACAUCACCACUAUGACUCUGUCUUCUAAUAGUCUGACCGACUCAGUUUUUAAAUGUCUACCAAAAGGAACAGAAACACUGGACCUCCAGAACAACCAGAUUUCUGUGGUACCACCAUCCAUCUUGAAACUGGAAAACCUGUCAUCUCUGAAUCUGAAUGCUAACAGGCUGCGAGACCUGCCUGUAUGCAACGGUUUUCCCAUACUGAACAAGCUUCUGCUGAAGUCAAAUUCCCUCCACGCCCCAUCUGUGAACAAACUUGAGAGCUGUCCCAAACUGAAAACCCUGGAUGUCAGUUACAACCCUUUCACAUGCACCUGCGCUCUGAGGGGUUUCAUAAGCCUUGGCAUCAAAUCUGAAAAGAAUAGUCACACAGGAAUUGAGUUGUUGAACUGGCCAUUGGACUAUUACUGCACCUACCCAGAUGACGUUAGAGACUCCACCUUGAAAAGCAUCUCGAUCCCAUUGGUCUCCUGUGACGUUGGCGUUCUAGCAGCCACUAUCUUGUGCCCAGCAGUGGUAGUGAUUGUGGCGGUUGUGACCCUGUGCCACCGUUUGGAUGCUCCCUGGUAUAUGGGCAUGAUAUGGAAGUGGACCAGAGCCAAACAUCGUGCUAGAACGCGACAUCUUCGACCUGAAGACCUGGUUGGUGUGGAAUUUCAUGCUUUUGUGUCUUACAGCCAGCAUGAUGCCGACUGGGUGCGCGAUUCCCUCCUUCCCAACCUUGAAGGUUCUGCAGGAGGGCUCAGAAUCUGCCAUCAUGAGAAACACUUUGUGCCAGGAAAGACAAUUAUUGAGAACAUCAUCGGCUGUGUGGAGAAAAGCCGACGCUCUGUGUUUGUGCUCUCUGCUCACUUCGUCAAGAGUGACUGGUGCCAUUAUGAGCUCUACUUUGCCAGCCACCAGCGCCUUUCUCGGGGAUCGGACAGCAUUGUGCUGGUGCUGCUCGAGCCUCUGCCUCAAUACACAAUUCCAUCCAAGUACUAUCAGCUGAAGUCAAUGAUGAGCCGGCACACCUAUCUGGAGUGGCCACAGGACAGGGCCAAGCACAGGCUGUUCUGGGCUAACCUCAGAGCUGCCCUACAGGCAGACCUUCCAAGUGCACCUGAAAUAGAGGAGUGACUGUGAGGGGAAGAGUUAAAAAGGAAAAGAAAGGAAAGGAACAGAGGAGACAUUUUGCAAGAGGGAACACUGUAGGAUUAAAAACAUGCGGGUGCACUGGAAAAGAGUAUUCUUUCUUUAACACAUGAGAAUACUUUCUUGACCUAAAGCUUCUAUUUUUGUGCUAUAAGUUGAAGAUGAACUGACUGUUCUAAGCUUGUAGGAUAUAAAUCAUAUAGUAACGUCAAUUUCUUUAAACCAUUCAACUGACAUUUAAUGGUACCAUUCAUAUAAACUAACAAGUUGAUCAAGUUUGUAACAAAAACAAUAAACUUUAUCCAAGAAUAUCAAAAA